AUGGCAACUAUUGUGACUGAGAGCAACACGUCCGUUCCAUCUGACGUGACGGAGACGACAUUCACCGAGUACACGGCCAAGCAAGCCAAUAUCUAUAAUGAUCUACGGCCUAACUACCAUUCUUCAGUAUAUGACCACAUCCUGGACUACCACAAGUCAACUGGCGGAAAGUUCGAUGCUUUGGUCGACGUCGGCUGCGGCCCAGGCAUGGUGACUCGAUCUUUGGCAACCCAUUUCAUUGACGCGACAGGGAUCGAUCCGUCGCCAGAGCUGCUCAAGGUUGCCGAUGGACAUCCUGACAAAGCAUCCAACACCACCUUUGCGGCUGCCUCAGCUGGCACGUUCUGCCCUUCACCCAUCGCUCCCGGCUCAGCUUCACUCAUCACGACGGCCAACGCGGCUCAUUGGUUUCCUUCGAUGGCCACCUUCUAUGCCCGCGCCUCUACAGCCCUCCAGCCAGGUGGCACGCUCGCCAUCUGGACCACAGGGGACAUCCGCGCAGCACCAGACAUGCCCAACUCAGCCGCUAUCCAAGCCGCCAUGGACUACCACAUCGAUGUCGAGAUGAAGGACUAUCGGGACAAGGGAAAUGCUCUCGUGAGAGGAGGAUAUCGCGACCUCGAUCUACCCUGGUCGAGCCAAGGGAAAGGUGAAGAGGAUCUGAGCAAUGACUUUGAUGAAGGUAGUUUCGUGCGGAGGGAGUGGAAGAUCACAGAAAUGUUCCUAGAUAGUAAGAAGAUCGAUGAGAGGGGGGCGAGUUUGGAAAUGGUGGAGAUGAUGUAUGGGACAGGCAGUGCUGUCACGCGUUGGCGAGAGGCUCAUCCGGAGAAGGCCAACACUCCAGAGGACCCGGUGAAGCGUCUUGUGGCACAGCUGGGAGCACUUUUGCGCGAAGCGGGCGUCAAGGCGGGCGAGGAGCGAUUGAAGGGAACUGCUGCAGGAGUCGUCUUGCUCUUCAAGAAAAGGAUGAAUACUUGA